AUGCCGAAGCGCGGGAAGAAGAAGGAGGACGGCGGCAGCGGGGACGAGGCCGGGCCUGGCCCUGCCAAGUCGGCCAAGGUGGCACCAGCCCCCCUUUAUGAGGACCCGCCCACCCGCGAGGCCACGCCCGAGGGGCGCCGCUGGACCCUCAAGGUGACCUCGUGGAACGUGGAUGGGCUUCGGGCCUGGGUGCGCAAGGGUGGGGCCCAGUGGGUGCAGGAGGAGGCCCCGGACGUGCUGUGCCUGCAGGAGACCAAGUGCGCGGUCUCGGCCGUGCCCCCCGAAAUCCGGGCGCUGCCAGGUCUCCCUCACCAGUUCUGGUCCAGUGCAAAGGACCGGCCGGGCUACAGCGGCGUGGGGCUGCUGGCCAAGACUGAGCCGCUCAACGUCACCUACGGCAUCGGUGACCCCGAGCACGACAUCGACGGCCGCGUGGUCACGGCCGAGUUCCCGUCGCUCUUCGUGGUCUCUGCCUACGUGCCCAAUGCCGGGCGGGGCCUGGUGCGCCUGGAGCCGCGGCAGCGCUUCGACGCCGCCUUCCUGGCCUUCCUGCAGCGCCUGGACGCCCAGAAACCCGUGCUGCUCUGCGGCGACCUCAACGUGGCGCACGCCGAGAUCGACCUGUGCCACCCCCGCGCCAACCGUGCCAGCCCCGGCUUCACCCCGCAGGAGCGCGAGGGCUUCUCGCGCCUGCUGGCCGCCGGCUUCGUCGACUCCUUCCGUCACCUGUACCCCGAGGCGCGCGGCGCCUUCACCUUCUGGACCUACCUGGGCGGGGCGCGGGCCCGCAACGUGGGCUGGCGGCUCGACUACGCCGUGCUGUCGCGGCGGCUGCUGGGCUCCCUGUGCGACUGCAAGAUCCGCAGCACCGUGGCCGGCAGCGACCACUGCCCCAUCACCGCUCUGCUCGCCGUGUAGGGGCAGCAUCGGCGCCGGUCGGGU